AUGGAAUUUGCAAGAUUAAGAAAUUUAUUUGGGCAAUCAGAAAAUGCAAUUAAAGGAUAAGAUUUAUCUUUAUUAGGUUUGACAGUCCUAACAUGUUAUUUCUUAUAUAGAUAAGAUUCUUAAAGAAAAUCAGAAAGAUAAAAGUAGAAACGAUUUAGAUACCUGUAUACUGCAGAUGAAUGUCAAUAACUCUAAAUUGAUUCUAAAUAAAUUACGGUCUAAGGCCAGAUCAAUAGUGACGAUAAAUUCCUACUACUCAAGUCUUCUAAUUAUAUGAAAAAGCGUAAUAACUAUGAACAAAGUUAACAAAUUAAUAAGUCCUUUAUGAUUGUCGAUCCUUAUACUAAAGCAGGAAUUAUUUGUAAAAUAAAGAAUGGUUGCCUUUUCGAGUAAACGCUCUUCAAUUUUCAUAAAAAACAUACUUAUUAGACCUAUGUUCCCUCCAAUUGCAAUUUUAUUGUAAGAUUGUAUAAAAGAAUUGUAAAUUACUUUUUUGGGAAGACCAUCGUUGAGGAUAUUGAAGGAGUCGAUUUAAAUCAAUAUUUUAUAUUUAAAGGAGAGUUAAAGAAAAAAGACUCUGAGCUGAUGCUCGAAGUUGAUCACGUUGCUUUUAACUCCAAGUUUAAUAUACAAGAAAGUACAAAAGUAAAUAAUUUAAGUAUAUUGAAAUAGAAAUAUAAACAUUUAUGUAAUCAAAGAGGAUUUCUUAUUUACAAUUCCUAUUAAAGAAUGAAAAAAUACUUCUAGAAUCCACUUAGAUAGCCAAUAAAAUUAUUUGAAAAGAGAGAGGAUGAAGUUGCAGAAGAUUCUGAUCUUUGCAUAGCCUGCAUGGAGAGUGUUAGGAAUGUUUUGAUCUUGCCUUGUUUUCAUUUGAUAUGCUGUUAAGAAUGCCUAUAAAAAAUAAAGUAAACAAAUAAUGAAUGUCCACUAUGUAGAACGCUAAUUAAUGAUUAAAAAUAAGUGUUAAUUGAUAAUUUAUAUUGA